GGUCGGAAUCCGGAAGCGUCGCAGCGCUACUUUGGCCCUGAAGCUGUUGGCGCCGGGAUAGAGCUGGGGUCGCAGCAUCGCCAUGGCAGCGCUGAGGCGGCACGUGUUCGUGGAGAAAGUUCUGAGGAGGCUUUUCCCUAGUGUUCCCUGUGGCCAAGAAAAGAGGGUACCCGUGGCUCCAGCUUCUGGAAACCCAGCGGAGAGGGUGGCCACUACGGACCUCAGGGGCAGGAGUGCCACCACCUUGACAGGUGGAGACUCCAAGGUACCUCCUCGAAGGCGGCUCUACACGGCGAGUUUGCCUCCUGAGGGGUACGUCCCAGCCCCCCCAGAGCCGCAGGCCAGCCCGGCCUCCGAGGACAGCUCGGGCAGCGAUGACGCGGGAAAAGGAUGCCCCCUCUCAGAUCAGGAUUUUCACGACCAACCAAAGAGAAGAAGAGCUAGAAAGCAUAAAUCGAAGAAAAAUUCUAAAGAUCCCAAUAAUAUUCAUGGAGAACAAGAAGAAUUAGAGAAACAGCAGAGUCUUUUGCAAGAAAAAUCGCAGCCACAGUGCACAGAUGGCCCCACCAUCAGCAGAAAUAAAAAAAGGAAACUGAAAAAGAAACAGCAGAUUAAAAGGAAAAAAGCAGCCGGCGUGAUCACCAAAGCUUCUGGCGCCAACUUCCUGUACCAGCCUGAGCAGAGCGACAGCGAGCGCGACGUCGAGCAGCAAAGUGAUGGCGGGGACGGAGCAGACGCCCGCGGGGGGGAUGGCGCAGACGCCCGCGGGCACUGCAGUACAGACACCGGUGAGGAAAACCAUAAAGACAGCAAUGAGGAAGGUGUUAAAAGUAUCAGUGAAAAGGCGGCUGGUAUCCUGAACUUUCUAAAGUCAACACAAGAAAUUUAUUUUUAUGACGGUAUCUGCCAGGAUCCAGGCUCGGCCGUCCUCCUGGAAACCACUCAGGAGCUAUUUAAGCAUCUUGACGGUCACGGCCUGUCCCCCUCAGAUGUGCUCCUGCUGGAUCACAUGAAAAGCCUGUUACUUCUGCAAGAUACCCAAGGGCUGAAACGAGCCCUCGAAAUGUUCCCGGAACGCUGCACACUGCCGCCAGACCAUGCCAGAGUGCUCGUGGCCCUCUUUAAUUACUGGAUCACACACGUCCUUCCUGAGAAACAGUGAAUCGAAUCGGUGCAUCUAUUUGAGAAGAGCUAACAUUUGGCCAGAAACUGUAAAAGGCAAACAUGAAAUCGACAGAGACAUGAUUCCUGCGUACAAAAAGACGGAAUCCCCUAAGUUUUCUUCACAGCCCAAAUGGAACGUAGCCCGAUGGGAACGUUGAAGACCUCACCGCCAUGUUAUUUAUUCAUGUGUUGUGCACAGCGGGCAAGAUGCGAUCUGAGACUUUAAGUGAGAAAUUGGGAUAAAAUGGAAAAUUUUCACUGAUCUGAAAUGGCUUGUCUCAGAUUACUACACAGUGAUCCUGUUUUUCUGAUUCUGCUAAAAAUUGAAAACGGAUUUUCUGUUAAAUAAACUACAGUUUGAAGUUGUUAUUUAUUUUUAUGAAGCUUAAAUUGCUUUGUAUUUGCAAGUCUGUGUUCUAAGAACACCUUGUAGACAUUAAAUGCUCUGGUUUCAGUA